UUUGCCUUUAAAUUUAAAAGCUAAGACCCAGAUUCUACUUCCUCUUUAUCCUAACCUUUUGUCUUGUUUUAUCCAGUAGCGGAAAAAGUAUAAAAUGCAUCCAAGUCAAAGUGGACGGACAGUUGAUAAAGAGAAUGACAUCGUCUCUGAGACUAGUACCACUGCCCGUGGAGCUGGUCCACACGCGCCACUGUUCAAACAGAACUCUUCCCUCAUAGGCACUAAUCGCACUCAAUCAACAAAGCUACAGAACCCUUUAAAGGGAGAAUUACCGAAAACACCCUCAUUGCAGAGAAAAGGAUCCAAUUUGACAGUAAACUCACCCAUGGCCGCAAGCGUGUUGAGAACAAAAACCAAUUUCCAACAACCUUCUCCAACUGUUGACUUAAGCAACACAACCAACAGUAAGGGCAAGAGUAGCCUCACACGAACCUUUAGUGCUCUCGAAGCCAACCAAAACAAUAGUAGUAGCAACAACUUUUUGAGUACCUCUCCUACUCAGUCGGAAUCCAGACGACGCUCUCUGACCAGACGAGGCUCUGCAAAGACCAGACUUAUUAUUCACAAAGAUGAACCUGGCACUUCACAAGUUGAAGAACCAAACAUCAUACCCAUGAGCACCAAAAUAAGCACCAGUGAGACUAUUACCGCCACCGACAAAAAUAAUACUAAUGGCAGCGAUAAAAAUAAGGUCAAGGAUGCUGAGAAAGAGAUUAGGCCUGCAACGGCUCUUGUUAGGUCCGCACCGGUUGAGUCUGCGACAACAUUACUAUCUGUCGAGAGAGCUGCAGAGUGUCAAGAAAAGAUUGUGGUUGGUGCUGCUGAGAAUACGACUAAGCGGAGGGCAUUGGAGAAUGAGGAUGACUUGUGGGACAUUGAGUACUGUCCACCGCCAGUGGAGGAACAGUCAUAUGAUCCAGGAUUUGAUCUUGAUCCCUUCGCCCUCACGACCGCCCCACCUGAUCUGGCAUACAAUCUACGGUCUCUUAAAGAAUUAGAUGAUGAUCUUGAUGAGACUACGCUCCCAGUUAUGGAUGCAAAUACCAGACGUCCAUCAUCGCCCCAGAAAAUGAUGACUGGGGCAGCCACAGUUGCUAAAGACGCCGAUGCACCAAUGCCGAAAUCAACGAUCACAAGCGAUGGAUAUUAUGACAUAGUUUGGGAAGAUGACAGAGAAGAGAUGUGUCAUGUACAGAAUAAAGGCCACGGAAAAAAUGGUCUUUGUUUUGGAAUCAAGGAUUUGGAAGAUGAGAGCAAGACUCGGCCACCAUUCGACGGGUUUGUAUUUGAUUUAGAUGAAGCAUCAGAAGAAUCGCUGAGCGAGGAUGAAGACGAUAUCUUGGGGGUGGAAAGUAAUCAGGAAAAGGUCAUCUCAAAGACGAAAACAGCUGAUCCGGUGGUCAAGGAUGUGGGCGAGUUUAAUGAGACGUUGGGAUUAGGUGACUUGGAGAAUCAAGACAAAGUACAGGUGCCGUUUUCAGAUUUUACAUUUGAUGUUUAAACCCCUUUAAGUGGAGAGAACAAAAGAGACUCUUGGCAACAAUUCUACUUCUGCUUAUUGUACAUAUUAAUCUACCCUGUGGAAAAUCAACCGAUCUUGCCAGCACUCUUCCCUCACGUAACUCUAAUUAUUUCUAAACAACGAUUGUACAUUUUGCAUGCGUAUUGUUCUUUUCAGAGAUCGCAAUGCCUUGGUGUCCAGGAAUGAGCAUGUUUAUUUUGAUUUAAUGUAUGGUGUGAGUAUAAACAGGAUGAGAUGAUCUUAAUUCUAUUCUAUAGUUUACUGAGUACGUUCAGCAAUCUUGAGAAUAUCAGAGUAAAUUCCAAAGGCG